AUGUCCACCGGUCGAGGUCCGAUUCGACUCCCAUAUAUUCUGUGCAAUCUGCAUCCACCUGGUGGCCCCGAACUGGCCUCGAAGCUUCUUGCAGAUCCUCGAAAUGUACAGCGUUUGGAUCUUCUUGUGCUUGCGGAUAGAUCGGAAAUCGAAGCGGCAGCCUCUGUCGCCAAUGUCACGAUUCCAGACAGUGUGCAGAUAUUGGAGGACAAAAGUGCACCUACCGUGCCGAUUCCCGAUCGAACGGGGGAAACUUCGAAAGAAGCUGGAAAGCGAGCACUCCAUCAUCUCAAGCGCGCUGUUUCGUUGGUCAGUCAAAGCCAAGCCGAUGCUAUAGUCUUCACUCCACUCAACAAGACGUCCCUCCAUAUGGCCGGCGUGCACGAAGAAGAUGAACUGCGAUGGUUUGCCAUGCACCUGAAUCACCGGGAAACAACGAGCGAGGUCAAUAUUAUUCCUGGGCUGUGGACUGCUCGGGUCACGAGUCAUAUCGCUAUGAAAGACGUGUCGUCGUGGAUCUCGGCCCCAUCGGUUUCGGAGUCUAUCGAACUCCUGCAUAAUCUACUCGGGGAGAACGGGCUUUUCGGUCGCGAAGAAAUUGAUUCAAUCGGGCCCGCUGUGAGCGAGCCCCAGGCAAAGGGCAUUAAAGCCAAGGGCCCUUUCCCGAGCGUCACCAUCUUCGUUGGGCGAACAAACUAUGAUGGCAUCGUCACAAUGUAUCAUUAUCAGGGACAUAUUGCACUCAAGGUCAUCGGGUUCGAUAGUAGGAUGACGGUUCAAGGAAGCCCACCGGUGGUGAUCGCGACUCCGGCGCGUGGCACGGCGUUUGAUAUCGCAGGCAAAAAUUUUUCCAGUUUCGAGAGCAGUCAAAACGCAUUUGGAUAUUUCCAUUGCGGUUGUCAGCAAGAAGGCCGCUCUGCGGGUUGCUCCAUUCUAGCUGUGAACAUGAACAUGUGUGAGCAUAGCCCACCCGUAAUUAGAGACGGUUUGGUCGGUUUUCUGGGCUUCACGGUCGCACUAGCAGGAUCAAAAACUUCUCCCAUUCAGUCGGCCACUAGACCGUUGCGCAGCUUCCAUGCAUAUCGACUGUAUGGGAGUGUCCAUCCUCUCGUUAAUACCAAAGAGAAGUUGAAGGGACGCUUCAAGCUCGCUCUGAUUGCAGGCGGAACUUUCCUCGGGCAGGCAGAAAUUCACGGAACCUUCCUGUACAGCUGGUACCAAACCGACCUGCCGCUGGGCGAGCCUUGUCAGCUAUCUGUCUUCUCGCUCGACAACAUGUCUCAGGACAACGAGUCGUCGAGCAACCAUUCAACCUCUCCCCAUCCACUCCCUCUUUCCCCCAACAACACCCAGCUUAGCCCACCGCCGCCCGAAUUUGCAGACCCCCAGCAGCCUGUUCCCCAGCAGCCUGUUCACCAGGAGCCCGGAGAACAGCAGGCAGCCCCAGCAGAGCCCCAUCCUUCCCUGCCUGCUUCUCCAAGUCCCAGUGACCCAGCACCCCUCCGCGGAAUGGACCUCUGGAGAGCAGCCAUGAGGCGUUGGGAAGAAAAUCCACAAUUUCGACGAGCCCGAGAACGUCGGCUUCGUGAAUUUGCUCAACUCAGUGAAGCCUCCAGCAACGGCAUCACUACCCGGCGUCGACUUCGUGAAUUUGCUCAACUUAGUGAAACCUCCGGCAACGGCAUCACUACCCGGCACCAAGACGAAGGCUCACUGUCCCCUCCUGGCUUAUUCGGAACACGUCCCACGACGCCGCCAUCUACUACUCAGUCCCGAGACGAAAACCUGCGGCCCCCUACUGUGCCCUCUCGUGACUUAUUCAGAACUCCUCCCGCGCCACCGCCAUUGUAUCAGUGUCGUCUUCCACCACUCGGCGCCAGUACAAACUAUCCUUCUACGCCGAAUGAAGGCCGUGCUGUCUUCAAUCUGCCCCCGCCUACUCCCACCAGGACCUCCUACAACCAAUCCGCCUCUCGUCCGCAUGACCUCGUGUACUCACUUGCGGACCACCCCAUUCUGGAUCGUCCCUGCUAUUUGUGCAUGACUCUGGAUGCCUGUCCUCACAACAUCAGACAACCUGCUUCGACCAUGGUUCCUUCUUCCUUUGAAGCUGGCUCGGAACACUCCUCUUUGAAUCAUAUGAGAAUCGAUGAGUACCGUCAGGACACAGGAUACGAGGAGGGUAUGCCUUUCUCUGCCUCCCCCUCGCCCUCGCCCGUGAAUGAAGACUCCGAUCCAGACUAUUUGAGCGACGAUUCCAGUGAGCUAUCCGAGUAUAGCAGUGCGGAGUUUGACGAAGAUGAUCUGGGAUUCAGUGCUCCCCUGCCUCGUUCGAAACAGUCUUCAGAGACUCCCGCAAAUCAGGAAGACACCCAGUGCGAAUUUGCCGGUACCUGUCACAUGGGACCUGCUACUCCCAAUGGAACUCAGCACUACCGGAAGAUCAUUUCUCACGUCUUCGGUCGUAAUAAAUCAGCAACAAAGAUCUUCCCGGAACAUGUCUGGGUUCACUACUGCCGCAAGCACUACCAGCGUGCACGAUACCGGGCUGGACAAUGGCCAUUUACCCAGUGCGAACUACUGCUCGAGUCCUUGAACCGCAUGGAAAGUUGGGGAGGUGUUCGGAGCUUUGAGCUUAUUCUUCGUCGACGAGAGCAAGAACGCAUCGACGGUAGGCAGAGCAGUCAUGACCGUCAAAUUCUCACUUCUUCCCAUUCUGCAACCAGCUAUGUUUCUACGGGGUUCUCUCCUCGCUCUGGUCGUCGCAACCCACGCGCUGUGAUUGCCCCCGUUCCAGAAUGGCUUCGUCAACUCGUUGGCGAUGGUCUCACUUUCGACGACAUUAGAGGCAUAAUCUAUGAAGUCCGCGAGUACAUGGCUAUUCUGCAAGAGGAGGAGGGUGAAAUCGUCGCUGUCCAAGAUGGCGCUAUCGACAAUGAUGACGCCAACGCCGUCGACUAUGACAAUGACAAUGACAAUGACAACGAGCCUACCAGAGCAGAAUAUUUUUCGAAUGCUGAAGGAAAAGAACGUCGUGUCAUUUUCAAGAAGCCUGCUCGUACUCUCCGCAGCCCGAUCCGCUUCCCGGAUAUCGAGAUUAUCCCCCAUUUCCACCAGUGGGCUCUGGAUGAAUACGAAGUUCGAAGACAGCGAACGCAGUCCCGUGCUCCACCCAACAGGAAGCUCAGAUAUUCAGGUAAGCGACAUUGGCGUCUCCUCGACCGUCCGGUCAACCCGCGGGAAAUCCAAAUUCCUCGCGGUCUUGAGCGUUACGCCGGUUGGUUCAGGGAUUACCGGCGGCCUGCUGACCCCAGGUAUUCAGAUAUACGAGCUGAUACUGCUACCCCCCGCUCGGCUAUCAGCCAUAGUCCGACUGUCACCAAUCGCCAUACUAUCACCCACAGGCCUACUGUCGCCCACCGCUCGGCUGUCAACCAUCGCCAUGCUAUCACCCACAGUCCUACUGUCACUCAUCGCCCGACUAUCACAUAUCGUGGCGCCGGUCUUACUAGGGGCCACUUUAGUCCUCCAAGUCGUACGACAGGCUCGGGUAUCAGGGGCAACUUCAGGAUCAUGGCGCGAGGUCGUCCUCGACCCGUGUCUCGCGUUGAUCAGCAAGGAAAAGUUAAGAAACCAAACAACUGA